UCUCUCUCUCUCUCUCUUUUGCAGAGUCAUGAUGCUAAUAGAAAGGCCAUCCCAUAUUCUCCCACUCUUGGGUUUGCUGUUGGUGCAGUCAUGCAUGCUUGAGUUAGCCCAAUCUUCCACCAACCUUACCGACCAAUCAGCUCUCAUUGCCUUCAGUUCUAAAAUCACUUCCGGCCCAAACGAAACAGUCUUGGCAGGUAACUGGUCCACAACUACAAACUUCUGCAAUUGGAUUGGCAUCUCAUGUAGCAGACGUAGGCAAAGAGUCACUGCUUUGAACCUUUCUCACGUGGGUCUCCAAGGCACCAUUUCUCCUUAUAUUGGUAACCUCUCUUUCCUGGUCUCACUUGAUCUUUCUAACAACAGCUUCUUUGGUUCUAUGCCGCAUGAGAUCGGUCGCCUACAUCGCUUGAGAAUACUCUCGUUGCCAUACAACAAUUUGGAAGGUAGUAUCCCUCCAACAUUGCAAAAUUGUCAGAAUCUUCGAGAAAUAGAUCUUACAAAGAACCAUCUUACGACCGCAAUUCCAUCAACCCUCGCCAACGUAUCGUCAUUGGAGAACUUAUAUUUGGAAGGCAACAACAUCACUGGUGUAUUUCCUCUUGUUAUCUUUAACAUAUCCUCUCUAAUCGUAAUUUCUCUUAGAAAAAAUCACAUCUCAGGAACUCUUCCAAUGGAUCUCUGCAGCCACUGUCCUAAUCUUCAAAACCUUGUCAUUUCAUUUAACGAAUUCAGUGGAAAGCUUCCUUCACAAAUGAGGUAUUGUAGAGAGCUUUCACUCUUAUCUCUAUCAUACAAUAAAUUUGAUGGGAGUAUUCCAGAAGGUUUUGGGAGUUUAGAAAAGCUUGAAGUGCUAUUACUUGGAGGAAACAACUUAACCGGUAAUAUACCUCCUAGUCUUACCAUUAGUAACUUGUCGAGCUUAUUUAUAAUUGAAAUUGCGCAAAACAACAUUAAAGGAAGCAUUCCAAGUGAUUUAUGGCGUUUUCCAAAUCUGCAAUUUCUAAAUUUUGGUGGAAACAAAUUUAGUGGUCACAUCCCAUCAUAUCUUUCAAAUUGUUCCACGCUCUCCAUGGUAGAUUUCGAUGGAAACUUUCUCUCUGGACCAAUUCCCACAAGUCUUGGACACUUAAAAUAUCUCGAAGGACUUUUUUUGGGUGGCAAUCAGCUAACAGGGGAGCCCGAAAAUCAAGAGCUUAAUAUCCUUUCAUCUUUAUCUAAUUGCAAAUUUUUAACAACUUUGGACCUAUCCCACAAUCCCUUGGAUAUUACUCUUCCGGAUUCUAUUGGAAACUUUUCAACUACCCUUCGUACCAUGUCUCUAACCAAAAGCAAAAUAAAGGGUCAUAUUCCAAUGAGUAUUGGUUCCUUAAAAGGCUUGGCCACACUUGCUUUGGAAGGAAACAAUUUGACUGGAACCAUACCAUCCACAGUUGGGGGAUUGGAGGGGUUACAAAGAUUACUUCUUGGUCAUAAUAAAAUUGAAGGAUUCAUUCCAAAAGACAUAUGUAUGCUAAAGAACUUAGGUGAGUUAUCUCUCUCAAAUAACAAAAUCUCUGGAUCCAUCCCAAAUUGUAUUUCGAACCUCAUUCAUCUGCAAAUGCUAUACUUGGGAUCUAAUAGGCUGGAAUCACCAAUACCAUUAAAUUUAUGGAGCCUUGAGAAUCUAUUAUUUUUGAAUCUAUCAUUGAAUUUCCUUAGUGGAUAUUUGUCUCCAAACAUGAAAACAUUGCGUGCUAUUGAAAUCAUAGAUUUAUCUUGGAACCAAAUUACUGGAAAUAUUCCAAGGAUUAUCGGAACUUUUGAAAGCCUAAGUUAUCUUAAUUUGUCAAGGAACUCAUUUCAAGGAGACAUUCCACAAUCUUUUGGAGACUUGAAAGGAUUAGAUAUGUUAGACCUCUCAUACAAUAAUCUCUCUGGUGUAAUUCCUAAGUCUAUUGAGGCGCUUUCACAUCUCAAGUAUUUGAAUGUUUCUUUCAACAAGCUAUCUGGAGAGAUUCCAUCUAGUGGGCCUUUUGCAAACUUUACAGCUAAAUCAUUCUCAGGAAACAAAGCACUUUGUGGGAAUCCAAUUUUUGGAGUUCCACCUUGUCCAAACCCAAGCUUCCAAGGAUCAAAGGUUCCAAGUUUAUUUAAUACAUUGCGUGUAUUGAAGCAUAGAUGGAUAUCAUAUCAAGAGCUUUGCCAAGGGACAAACAACUUUUGUGAAAGCAACUUGCUAGGAGCUGGAGGUUUUGGUUCGGUGUACAAAGGAAUACUAUUUGACGGGACAAUUGUUGCUGUUAAAGUUCUAAAUUUGCAACUGUCGGGUGCUUUCAAAAGUUUCGAUGCUGAAUGCAAGGUCUUACGGACAAUCCGACAUAGGAAUCUUGUAAAGGUUAUAAGUACAUGCUCCAACCUUGAGUUCAGAGCUUUAGUACUGCAAUACAUGUCGAAUGGUAGCCUUGAAAGGUGGUUAUACUCUUAUAACUACUGCCUGAAUCUUCUUCAUAGAGUAAACAUUAUGGUUGAUGUUGCAUCGGCGUUGGACUAUCUCCACCACGGUCUAUCAGAAUCGGUGGUGCACUGUGACUUGAAGCCUACCAAUAUCCUUCUAGAUGAUGACAUGGUUGCACACGUCAGUGACUUUGGCAUUGCAAAAAUUUUGGUGGAAAAUAAGGAUGCUACACAAACCAAAACUCUUGGUACACUUGGUUAUAUCGCACCAGAGUAUGGUUCUGAAGGAAAAGUGUCCAUCAAAAGUGACGUUUAUAGCUAUGGUAUAUUAUUGUUGGAGAUGAUCACAAGAAAGAAACCAACCGACGACAUGUUUGUAGGAGAAUUGACUUUGAGACAAUGGAUAAACACAUCACUUCCUGACAGAAUGAUGGAAGUUGUGGAUGAUGGUUUAUUGAGAACGGAAAAUGGAAGAGAUGUAACUAUCAUGCAAAGUGUUCUUUCAUCCAUCAUGGAAUUAGGCUUAAGGUGUUCUGAGGACUUACCAGAUGAAAGAGUCAAUAUCAAAGAUGUGCUUGUGAAGCUUCAAAAAAUUAAACUGACACUGUUUGAAAAUAGAAACAGGGGUGUCUGAUAUCUCUGAUCUAGGUUUUAUAUGGUUUGUCUUUUUGAUUUCGUAAAGUACUUAUAAGUGUGUUUUAUGUUUGCAAGACUUUUCAUCAUUAAAUAAAUGGCUUGGG